AUUAGAAUUAUAAUUUUCGUUUUCAUUUCAGAAAUCAGAAUGGUUAUGGUCGGUAAAACAGGCGCGGGAAAAAGCGCGUUGGGUAAUAGCCUGCUGGGAAGACAUCAAUUUGAAUCAAGUACUAUUGCAAGGUCUGUCACGUCUAAAUGUAAAUUUGCUCAAGGUAACCUUCGCGAUGGCACCCAGCUCUGCAUCGUCGACACACCAGGAUUAUUCGACACCAGGAAAACUAACGAAGAAAACACGAUGGAAAUAGCUAGAUGCAUCGGCCUGUCUUCACCCGGUCCACACGUCUUUCUCUUUGUCCUCAGCAUCAGCCGAUUCACCAAGGAGGAGCUGGAUACCGUAAAUCAUCUGGUAGCUGUCUUUGGAGAGGAUGUCAUCAACCAUGUUGUAAUCGUUUUCAAUGGUAAAGAAUCUCUGACGUUCGAGAAGUUAACAUUGGCCGAUUAUCUAGAGACCGCUCCACCGGAGCUCAACGAAUUAGUUCAUCAAUGUCGUUCACGCUGCGCCACAAUAAAUAAUCGUGCAGAUUACGCCGAGCUUCAAGCAGAUAUUGAUGGCAUUAUUAAUUUAGUGAGGAGAACCAUUCAUGACAAUGGCGGAUCUUACUAUACGGGAGAGAUGUACAGGGCGGCAGAAGAGGCACUCAACGAAAAAAUGAGGUUAAUCGACGAAGAAAAGCAUAGAAGGGAAAGAGAACUCCAAAAGAGACACGAAGAACUUGAACAACGGGAAAGAGAAAUCGAAGCGUCUGCUUCCAGGCGAACACAAGAGCAUGAGAACGAGAAGCAGAGACUAGAGGCUGAGUUAGAAGCACUGAAGAAUACCGAUACUCGUCAAGAAGUGCGACAAGAGGUCGAGUCGUCGGACAGUAUUGUAAAACUGAUAAUUAAGACUCUUGGCGAUAUUUUAACUGCAGUUCUGGCUAAAGUUGCUUCUGAAGUAAUAAGUAAAAAGUUCUAAAUCUUGAAUAGACGUACAUAAAAACAAUUAAUAUCCAGAUGUUAAUCAAAGUUUAGCUUGUACCGUUUUUUAAUAAAAUAUAAUGGAAGUC